GCAAUCCAAGCCGCAUCGCUCAAUUGUUUAAUUAGUUUCAUUGUGAUUAGGCUCUCUUCCUGCACAUGAUCAUCCUCUGUCCGUGUGUUGAACGUAUGUCAAGCAAGGUGGCACGCUCGCUACAGUGAAAUAUUAUUACUGCCAGUGACUUGACAUUGUGCGGCGCGCAGAAUGCGUCCACUGACAUACGGCUGAGUGUCUCAGUUCGAGAGGGACAGCGCUGGUAAAAUGGAAGAGACCAACAUGACGGUGGACUUGCUGCCGAACGAGCUUUGGGUGCGAAUACUGAGCUACAUGGACCCAGAAAGCAUGCUUGCCGCCGUAGAAGCGUGGCCCCGUUUGGUCGACCUCACGUGCAACCGCUCGGUCGUCGGCACCGUCCGCUUCUCGGCCCUGACUCUUUCGGAGGACACGCUGAGCCGCUUCCUGCGGGCACCUCGCGCUGCGGCCAUUUCUACCCUGGACCUCACCAACUGUGUCCUGCCGUCCUCGAACGUCGUCGAACAAGGUCUGGCACGAUGCAUCAACCUCACCACUCUGCGGUGCGUCAACUGUCGCCUCAGCAGUCGCGCCCUGUUUCAACUCGUGCUGACCAGACUGCCGAAGCUGGAUACCCUCCACUGGUCGCUGCUGGGUUGUCGCGAUGGCGGAAACGAGAUGGGGCCCGCCCUGAACGUGCUCGACGGCGGUAAGUACAGCCGCCGCACGACCGCCGUUCGUUAUAUGUACGUCGAACUGGUCGAGAGCGCCGUCCACGUGCAUGCGCUCAGUCGGUUUCUGCCGCGGUGUCCCCAUCUGCGCGACCUGCACGUGCACGUUCUCGGCGUCAGCAGCUGCGAGGGCUGCUCUCCGGGCGCCCCGACGGCCUACGGCGACCGGCCUCUGGCCGAGCUCGAGCGCUUCACGUACACAACGGACGCGGUGAGAGGCCGUUGCCCGUACGCGUCGCGCUCGGCGUUCAUCGAGUCGCGCGAACUGUGGCACCUACUGCUGGGCGACGACGAACCGCUGGUGCAGGCUUUCCGAGGCUACGCUACGCUGUGCAACAACGUCGCGCUGCGCGUGCGACCGCGCAAGUCGCGCAGCUGCGUCCACCUCUCCGAGCUACUCGCGCCGGUGGGUGACAGGGUCGCCGACGCGAUGCCUCGGAUGUGCGUCACCGUCGACGAGCCUGGUCAGCUGUCGGCGGCCGCGGUGGCCCGGGCCGACCGGUGGUCGUCGCUAGAAGCCUUGACGCUGCUGUCGCCGCUGCCGCUCAACCGGCCAACGUUCCCUCCGGGCGUCGGAGCCCUGUACGAGGCGCCGCUCAAGUCGCUGCUGGCCGCCUGCUCGGUUCUGCGCGAACUCAACCUGAGCAGAUUCCACUUCACGCCGGACCUGUCGUGCUGUGCCCUGCUGGCCUCCUCGUGCCCGCGUCACUUGAUGGCGCUGUCGCUACCGGCGUGCGCCCUGGCCGAGCCGAACUCCCUCGAAGACCUGGGUCGAGCGGCUUUCUCUCUGCUCGAGCUGGAUAUCCGAGGCAGCGCGACGACAGCGCACAGCGUGUGCGCCGUCUGCAGUGACCCCCGCACGUGCUGCGAGUCGUCGCUGGCGCCACUGGCGGCACUCGCGCCCUUGCGCCGCCUCACUUUGUGCGGCCUGAGCAACGUGCACAGCAUCCAGUUCCUGGCCAACUGCCGGGUGCGCGAACUGCGCCUCUCCAACUUGGGUCGCAGGGGACUGUGCUGCUACGUCCAGGGGCUGGGCACGGUGCUAGCAGCCCGGGCGGCCGACCUCCGCGUCCUCAAGAUGGAACACAACGCGCUCACGCUCAGCUCCAAGCUUCUGCUACACCAGUUCGCCAAGGCUUUGUCCCUGGAGAUGCUGUGCCUGACUUCUAGUGCCCCGUUGCGCCCCAUGGAGCAGCAGCAGUUGCUCGACACACUAGUUCCGCAGCUACCGAAGCUGCGCGUGCUGCAUGUGCACGCCCCGAACCUGCGGCCUCUUUCCCACCUGGCCCUGGGUGAGCCGCGCAUCUGCUUUGACAGCAGCAACGGUGACAAAGUAAACCCCACCGUCGUCUUCACCAAUGAGCUGAGCAUUCUCUGCCGUGCAUGCAAUUUCAUUGGGCUUUCCAAGCCAUACAACCGGGAUCCCGAGCCCUUGCCGAUGGAUGGCACCAAUGGCUGAAUGCUGUGGUAUGGGGGUGGCCGCAUCCUUCACAAGAGUGAAAGGCAGGUGGCGACAAUGUCCAAUACCAGCUUGGUGUUGCUGCUUUGCUACAUACCAGUUAAUAUUUUAUUUGUGGGAGGCAGUGAUUUUGCUCAGUAGUUUCUCUUUCAUUGCAUUAUGUUAUUUUGUUGAAACUAUGAACCGUUCCCUUGUUUAAUACAGCAGGGUUUUUAUGUUAGCUGUAGAACAGCCUGGGCAGUGCAAGGUUUGAUGCUGAAAGGUUCAAUGGUAUGUCCUCCCAGAUGUAUUUUUUUAUCUUACUGUCUUGAAAGAAAAAUGAGUGAGUAAGUGGGGAAGGAAAGCUAGAAGAGAGGAGGAAUCGGCCAUAUCUUGUCGUUGCUCACUUCUGCACAUCUUAUGACUCGGCGUGUGCAGAUUGAAUUGCUAGUCCCACUGCUGUGACCUUAUAAUUUUGCGUUGUGAAUGUGAUCAAGGAGAUAGUUGUGAAAGACACUGUGCUUUUUGUUUCCCUGUGUGAGGGAAACAAAAAGCAGUUAGCAGUUCAUGCUUCCCUAAGCACGAACUGUUAUCAAAAGGCUCUUUGGGACAGUGUGCUUGCUUGCCACAAGCUUCUUUAUUUCCCACAUGGGGACACUCGAUAAGCAUAUCAAAAAAAUGCACUUUCACCGUGUACAUUUUGUACUGUGAAAUACAAGCCAUAAGUAACAAGAAGCUGCAUAUGCUGUUUCUUUGUGGAGAGAUGGGGCUUCAGGCUAAGGUUGGAGCUUAGGUGAUCAACAGUGGUCAACGGAGGAUUUGUUGAGCUAGAGCCCGUGCUUUAAAGGCACCUUAAAGGCAAAAAGAGCAAUUUAUGUCAGAGAGAAAGAUCAAUGCUUGAAAACAUCUGAACAGACUAUUAUCAACAGUAAUGCUAUAUGAAUUGAGAAAACAAAGUAAAUGUGCAACACAUGUGCUACGAAUGGGGCGUUUUGGAAGAAUCCCAAUGAUGUCAAGAGUCCUGAGUACUAUAAAGGCUAGUAAUUAAGCCAGUAACUAUUAAAAAAAAGAACCUGUCUGCAUUAUAAGACAAUAGAAGAACCGCUUCCAGCUUCAAACUUAGGGACAAAUGGUCCAUAAGUUUCAUUUUCUCCGCAUUGUGCUUUGCUUAUGUCUCAAUGGUAGUUUCAUCAGAGGCGGAAAGUGCGGGGGGACUUGGGCCCUCUUCGAUCUGUAUCAGCGGGGCCAAGCUCUCCAUG